UGUCUUUCACUCCCCUCCCGUGUGAAGUUAGUGUAGCACGGGGACGGGUUCAAUCAAUCAUUCAUUCAUUUUAAUCAAUUCUUCACCCCAUUCUAACACAUGUUUUUCAGGAUAGAACCAACCAUGUCAUCAACAGCACAAUCCCAAUAAAACCCCAAUUCACCACAAUUACCAAACUCUCCUCUCCUCUCCUCUCGCCACUGUCAACUGACACUGAUGACGUAAAAUUCCACCAUUAUCAUCAAAACUCCAUUAUCGUCAAUUCACCACCACCACCGCUAUGGAGGGUGGAAACAGAGCUGAAGCUGAACGGUGGCUUUACACCGCCAACAAACUCCUAAGCGCACGUGAUCUGCACGGUGCACGCUCCUUCGCGAUCCGUGCCCGAGAAUCCGACCCAACCUUCGACGCCUCUGAGCUUCUCUUAGCUGUCAUCGACACUCUCCUCGCCGGAGAAUCACGGAUCAAUGAUCACCACCGUGAUUGGUACGGAAUUCUUCAAAUUCUCCGAUACACCACCAACAUCGACCACAUCGCGAAUCAGUAUCGCCGACUUGCUCUCCUCCUUGACCCUAAUCGUAACCCAUUCGCUUUCUCCGGUCAUGCUUUCUCCCUUGUUCAUGAUGCUUGGUCUGUUCUUUCAAAUCCUGCUAAGAAAGCUAUGUACGAUAGUGAUCUAAGGUUGCUCACUACACCACCGGUUCCGUCACAGCCUCAGCCACAACUGGCUCCUCAGUAUCAACAACCUCCACAACAGCCACUGCAGCAGCCUCCACAGCCAACGCCGAGGAAAAACUCUAGAUCGAGGGAUAGCACUGGCGCCACCGCCACCGAGCCGACACUGUCUCGACAGAAUCGGAACCCUAGCGAGGCAGGUGAGACGACUCGGCAGACGCGAAUAGCGAGUGCUGCUGAAACGGUAGGUAACAUAAGUUUUUGGACAUUGUGCCCUUACUGUUACGUUCACUAUGAGUAUCCGAAGGAGUAUGAAGAUUGUACCUUACGGUGUCAGAGUUGUCGGAGGGGGUUUCAUGCGGUUGUGAUACGUUCACCGCCGGUGAAUGAGAUAGAUUCUUCGUUUUGUACUUGGGGAUUUUUUCCAUUAGGGUUUUCUGGUGAUUCUAAAGAUUUGAAUGGGGCUUCUUCCAAUUGGAACCCUAUUGCACCGUUGUUUCCGUGUACGAUGAAAGGAUCGUCUAAUAGGAAAAAGAAUUGGGUUUAUUAUGAUGAAGAGGCAACUGCGGCGUUUAUUGAUAUUUCUGAUCCCAGUGAUAAUGAUUCUGAUGAUGGGGAUUGGAGAGGUGGUGCUGGUAAGAGGAGAGGGGUGAAGAGCUCAGGGGUUAGUACUAGUAAAAAGAUUAGGAAAGAUUCCGGUAAUGCUAGUGGUAGGGGAGCUGUUGGGAGACCUAGGAGGAGUGCUACUGGUGCUGCAUCUGGGAAUGAGAAGAAUGUUGGGGCUGUUGAUGAUGCUUCUGCCGCUGCCUCUGGUGUAAGGGCAGAUGCCAAUACCAUUAAGAAAGCUGCACUGGGUAGUUCCAGGAGGAGGGGUGCUGGAAACUUGGAUUUGAAUGUGGAGUUCAGUAAUGAUGUGGAGGAGCCGUCCCGUGGAGUGCGUGCCCGUGAAGGGAAUGCAACUGGCAAUGCUGAGGAUAAUAUUGAUGGGGUUGGGUUUUUUGAGGGUCUUGAUGAGUUCCUUAGUAGCUUACCCAUUCUCAAUCCGGUGGGAGAUGAUAAGGUUAAGGGUCAUUAGCCAUUUUGUAAUUUAGAUGCUUUUACUUUUUUAUUUUCGUAGACCAUAGAUGUUAUUACUUGUAUGUUUGCAAUUGUAGCUCAAAAUGAUCUGAGCUAUUGUGAAUUCUUGUUGUUGUUAGAUUUUAUUUAAAAUUAUGACAGCAUCUCAGUACAUUAUAGCUUUUGAAGUAUUUGAGGAUUGCUUCAUGACAUGUAGAUUAUAUUGUACCAUUAAGGAAGGAGACAUAGAUUGUUUUUUUUUUAAA